AUGAGCCUCAAAGGCGGCAACUCAGAAACAGAGACCCUCUAUGUUCCACCCUUCGUGGGAGAUCCAGACUUUUCCAAUUGUCGUCAUAGUGAAGAACUCAUGGGCAACAUCAGUUGUUGUAUCUUUGCGCCAGCCAGACGUCGGACACCCGAGGACAUCGCGAGAUGCCUUUCUGUCAAAUCUCUCACAGACACCACUACGUCUGUCGCAAUGGAUAGCAACGAGAUCAUUACUUUUGCUGAGCCAAAAAUCUUCGAAGUCCCCAGAUUUAAGAAUUCGAGAGUGCUGAUUUUGGGUCGUGUGCGAGCCGGCAAGUCAUCUUUCAGAAACACGAUGUUCCAUGGAUAUGGUGUGGAUCAUGUGAAACGUAUUUGUUCGAAUGCGGACCAGAAGGUUCAGUCUCAUUACUGUCAUCAAGGAAGACUUGUUGACGUCCAGGAUUACGGAGGACUCCAGAAUCUAGCGGUUAACAGCUAUCGGAAUGUUGCUGGAAUGAUCUACGUGUUCGACGCGGGAGUCAAGAACUACGAUGAGGAUCUGGAGAAGUACGCACGAGCAUUCAACAAUCUCUUGCUUAAGUCUCCAGACGCCAAGGUCUUCGUUGUACUUCACAAGACUGACUUGUUGAAACCUGGAGAAGUCGAGACGGUCUUCUGGGCACUCAAGUCCAAGAUCCUCAAAAUCCACGAAGGCAUCUGCGGCAACAUCAUUGAGAUUAACUUGAGAAUGACCUACUUUCAAACCACUUGCCUGGAUUCGAUCGGCAUUCAACUGGCUUGGAAUACCAUUCUCCAAAAAUGUUUCCCAUGCCCAAGAGACGUGAAAGACGCGGUACUCGAGAGAGGACGGGGUUUGAGAGCUGAUCAAGUUCUUCUCUUCGAUACCCGCUACCUGGUCUUGAUGCGGAUGGACAAACUCACUGAUUACGCACCAUUCCAGAAUGAGAGAGAGGUUUACGAAACGCUAUCGACGAGCUAUCAUGACACGUAUCAAAACCGCAAGAGGUACCUCAAAGUCACCGAUCAAACCUCCAGAAACUUUCUCGUCGUAUCUCUCUUCGUCUGCCCAACUAUCGAGGACAAGAAGAUCAAAAAGAAAAAGGAGUAG